UUUGAAAUUCAGUUGAAGUUUUGCUCUCCAACGAUACGCAUCGUUUGCCUUCUCCGUUGGAGCUCGUUCAGUUUUUUUGCGUCGAGAAUAUUUCAAGUGCAUUGCAUUGCCGACCAGCACCCAUUCCCAACACUUGAUCACAUAAGAGGAUUUUUUACAUAAAAAACAACAAUCGCAACAACUGAAAACAAUAAGAAAAUAUUUAUUUUUAAAUAUUUAUCUUUUGGAUAAUACAGCGCAAAAGUUGAGGGUUAACAGCCUGGCGGAGCAGUUUUUGCUGAAUUUGUAAAUUUUUUAUUGUAUUUUAAAAAGCUCUACGUGUGACAAAAGCAACAACAACAAUGACUAACAUCAGGAAAGCCGCUUCUUCUCUGCAAAAACUCUUCGUUUGCGGCGCCUUGAAGUAUGGCCAGCCUGGUCAUUCCAUACUCGCCAACUCCGGCAAUGGUUAUGCGAAAUACUGGUGCCGCGCCACAACCACUGAGAAGCUGCCCCUUGUGAUAGCCACACGCUACAACAUUCCCUUCCUCUUGAACAAGCCUGGCAUUGGCAACUAUGUGGUGGGUGAGAUUUACGAAGUAGAUGAUAGGAUGCUCACAUCGCUGGAUAACUUAGAGGAUUGCCAGGAUAUAUUCAAAAGGGAAGUGCAGGACAUGAACAUUGGUGUGGGUGAGGGCACCGUUCCCUGCUGGGUGUAUUUGUUGCAAAAAUAUCCCGAAAAACUGCUCUCACUGCCAUAUCUGUCCAGAUAUGAGAACAGCGCCGCACACCCAUAUGUAAUGCGCAAUCAUCGCACACACAAGCAUCCACCCCAAGAGGAUCUCGCCUACACUGCCGCCUAACAACUGUACUAAGAAGCACAAUAAACAAUUUAUAGUUAGGUGCAUACAUACAUAUACAUGUAUGUAUGUAUGUACAUAUAGAGCCUGCUCAUUAAACAUUUGACCAAUUGAGUGAUUAGCAUUUACUUACUGUGAACUUGUAUUACAUGGAAUGCUUGGGUCCACUAUUUUUUCUCGGCGAGUAGAGAAGAUCUAGGAAGGCAGAGGAGCAACUUAUGAAAAUUCUAAUGUCGAUAUUUAGCCGAACCAUAGUGGGAGUAGUCUUUAGUUUUAGCCAUAUAAAAUGUAUUGUACGUUUGUGUGUAUGUACUUAUGUAUGUAUGCACAGCCGUACAAGCACUAAAAGAUACCGAUCGUCUGGUCUUCAUAUGUAAUGUUGCCUAAAAUCUUUUAAGUGAAAAACAAAAACAAAAAACAAAAAAAAUUAUGCAUAUUAUGAAACAAUAAUUUUAAGCUACAUAUUUUUGUGAAUAAACUGUUUGAUAAGAAAUAUAUGGAAAACAAGAUUAUGGAAAAUAUAUGAACGUUUUUGGAAAA